GUUCCCUCUUUUUAUUAUUCUAUUCCCAACCCUCGCCUUCAUUUUUGUAGUUAUGCCAAGUGUCAAUAGAGCAUGAGCAAUAUUGGUGGCGCCGACAGUAGCUUGACGAUUCUGUGUGCCAUAUGCAAUAAGGACUUGGCUGCGCUCAGCGCGACGCUGCGAAAUUCACAUGUCGAGCGAUGCCUGGAUUCAAAUAUUGGCACACUACAGAAUGGCACUGCCGACGAACUAGAUGCCAGCCUUGCAACGCUGGAUCGGCUGGAGGAUUGCCCGGUCUGCGGAUCCAUGUGGCCAUCCCAGGACUUGUCGCGGGCUGCGCAUGCCAGGGCCUGUGCCAAGCAAUUCAGCGUGUCUAACCGAGACCUCGUGGACCUGAUCAACCUAUUCAGAGAGUCGCUGGAUGAAAUGAGCGUUUCAGCUGCCAUCAGGUGCGGGCAGUCCAGCAGGAUGCAGUCAAAGGCAGUGGGCAGCGAUGCCAGCAGUGGCAGCUCGUUCUUCAGGGCAUUCAGCCCGCAGAUAAAAAAGUCGCCCAUGUCUUGCGCCAAAACCACAAAGCCCAAGGGUAAAGGCGCAGCAACAAAACUAGCAGGCAACCGGCCGCUCAAAUUGCCCAUUGCUGCCCGGACAAACAGGCGUUUUUCUGUCGAGUCAGAGAGCAACACCGAUGAUGACUUUGACACGCGGCCAAAGUCCAGCCAGGCGUCGACUGCACGCACAAACAGCCCUAUACCGUUUGAUAUUCCAGAGGACGCUGACUUCCAGAGCACUAGAGUGCGUGUUGCCGCUCUCAAGCAGACGCGCAUUGCUGUGAGCCGAGUGGACAAGAGGAGACAAGAGUUUCUUGAUGAGCUGGAUGGCGAUCUCAAUGAGGCCAAGGCCCUAUCUUUGUCUCUAAAACGAGGUCCGGAUUUGGACCUUGCAAAGCCCGCUGGUAAACGCCGGGACACGGUAGCAAAGUCUGCUGCCGCGUUGAUGGCAAAGUCGGACAUUUUGGCUAGCGAAGAUGCGCAGCACUUUAUUAGACAUCGGGCCGUAGCGCUCGAGAAAAUGGACGAGGAGCAUCAAAUACGCAUAUUCGACUCGCUCGCGUACUCUGCAUAUAGCGAUGGGGACAGCGCUGCCGAAAGUCAACAGCGGCAGCGGCAGCAGUCGGCUGGCGGGGUGCGUCUUUGGGAUUUGGGAUCUCACGAAUGCGGCCCAGAUGGAUUCAACUAUUGCCCAAUAUUUGAGAACUAUAAAAUGGGGCAUUCAGGACACAGCAGCACCGCAGAAUGCCUCGAUCAGGCAGUUGGCCACCUAAUUAGGUCGUUUGCGUUGCAUAGUUCCGAGCACCGGUCCGGCGCUGCUAUUGGCGAGACAUUGUUGCGCAGCGGGUACACAGAGCUCAUCAGAGUCGCGCGCCAAAGCUUUGCCAGACAGUGCGCGGCACUCCGGUGUGCGGGGUGGGUUGAGGGCGCAGAGCCGCUGGCUGAAAGCAAUGUUGAUGCGGACGGAGAUGUAGUCGUGCUAUCCUCGUCUGGUUCCGAAUCGGAUCAUAAAAGUACCGACAUGGUGUUUGAUUCUGGAAUUCAGCCCAAUGAUUUGGCAGAAUUGCCAGUAUCGUACGCCUAUUCCUCUUUUUCUUCUUCUUCUUCUUCGAUGCCUAGUAUCGGCCCUUGUCGCGACACGGAUUCCAAGUCGAUUAUUUCACAGCCGGUCGAUAAACGAAAAGAGAAUUUAGAGCUGGCACCCGCGCCACUGCUCUCGCGGCCAAACUCCAAGGGCAUCCGGCAGACAGUAUCGGCACCAAAGCUGCCUAAUUAUGCCAAGAUGCCGCUGCUAGAUCUGAAAAAGAUAGCUUCUGAAUUUGGAUUGCGCGUAAACACGCCGCGACGGUUGAUUGAGCACCAGCUCAAAGCAAUCUGGGAGCAGACGUGCGGCGGUGGUAGUAGCAACAGUAGUGCAAUCGAGAUUGAGCAGCAGCAACAGGCAACGCCGAACCAAGUUGGCGAGGCCUUGGUCAGACAGUUAAGGGAGCACAUUCGCAGCCAACCUGGUUUGUUUGAGCAAAUACUGUGCUACCAGGUUUUGCAGUUUGAUUCGGUUUACCAGGACAUUUUGAGAAGCGUGCCCUGUCAAAAGUGGAUGUUGCGCAAGUUUUUCGAUUCCGAGGGAAUCGUGUAUACGAGUUUUGAAAAAUAAUUUAAUUUUGCAGUAAACUCUAUUCAUUUUUUAAGUUUUAUUUCACAAAAUAGGGAGAAGGAGGCUGCCGG